GGGUAUAACCGGGGUAUGUCCUCAACAACAACAACAGCAGCACCGGUAGUCAGCACUGGCUGGUCAUGGAUUGUCAUCAAUUCGGUGCCCACACGACUGAUUCACUAUGGAUUCAAUACUACUACUGCCAGUAAUACCAUUAGUAAUGACCGCUUCUCUAGCGAUAAGCCUAUUAUUGUCUUUAUAUCAGGAAAUCCCGGUGAAGUAUCCUAUUAUGAGGAACUACUGGCACUAAUUCAUAUGCAAACUAAGCUAUCGGUAAUAGGAUUAUCACAUGCGGGACAUAAUAUCAUUGAUAACUACAGUAGUAAUAAUAAUAAUCAAACUAAACAUAAUAAUGAAAAUAAAUAUCUACUAAACGGACAGAUAGACCACAAACGGCAGUUCAUUGACAAUCACUUAUCCGGCGACUCAAAGAUCAUACUUAUUGGUCAUUCAAUCGGCUGUUAUAUAAUACUGGAGUUAAUGGACGGCUGGGAAACUGUUCGCCAAAAAGUAUUACAUUCAAUACUAAUAUUUCCGACAAUUGAAUCCAUGGCCUCGACCAGUCAGGGCAGCAAAUGUCAGUUUAUGUUUCAAUAUUUCAAGUAUCCUAUACUGGCCUUAAGCUAUCUAUUAGAUAAUCUGAGCGAUAGUUUUAAACGUCGUCUAAUCAAACUGGCAAUGGGCAGCACCGGCACCGGUAGCACCGGCACCGAUAGUAGUAGUACAACACCACCAAACUGUGUGGUCAAUGCUGCCAUCAAUUUAUUUAAUCCCAAUUGUCUAAUGAGAUCCAUUGAAAUGGCAUUAAACGAAUUUAAUUUAGUUAAUGAAUUGAAUACCGAAGCUAUUGCUGGUAAUGAACAAAAGCUAACCUUUUUCUACGGCGAUUGUGACCAUUGGUGUCCAAUAGACUACUACCAGAAAAUCAGUCAAUUGUUCCCAAACUGUGAUAUAAGACUUUGUCUACAAGACAUUGAUCACGCAUUUGUUACCGACAGACAGUCCACUCAUAGGAUCAGUCAAUUGGUUGUCGAGAAAAUCCAAUCAAUCCUUUAA